AUGGGGGUCAUUAUGAGUGCAUUUUUCAUAGCUGCACGAGAGCGGAUAUGGGAAUAUCAACUCGGUAGUCGAAUUGACGAGUGCUUCCAGUGCUACCAGCUGUAUCCGGGUUAUCAUGCACAUAUAAUUGGAAUCCGCGUCAAGGAACUCAGCUUGACGCGAUAA